CUGCCCACGUUUGCGGGGUUUCCACUGGUCCCAAUCAGCAGCGCGCCCGGAGCCCCGCCCCUUUCCUCCUUCCCCGGUUGCUCCAUCCUGCGCUCCCCGGGCCGGUGUAUCCGUCCUGUCUUCCGCCCGGUGUCCUCUCCAUGUGAAGGCGCCGCAGGUUAAUCUUCCAUAAUGUUGUCCAGACUGAGAAUCAUGGCGAGGUCCUGCGCUCUGGCCCGCCGCAGCGUUCACACCAAAGAAAAGGGAAAAGCUCUUCUGCUCAAUCCACGGACAAACAAGGGAAUGGCCUUCACUUUACAAGAGCGACAGAUUCUCGGCCUACAAGGCCUCCUGCCCUCCAAAAUUGAGACCCAGGACAUCCAGGCAUCCAGAUUUCACAAGAACCUUCGGAAAAUGGAAGACCCACUGGAAAAGUACAUCUAUAUAAUGGGCAUCCAGGAGAGAAACGAAAAGCUGUUCUACAGGAUAUUACAGGAUGACAUAGAGCGCCUGAUGCCUAUAGUGUACACCCCCACCGUCGGACUGGCCUGCUCACAAUAUGGACAUAUCUUCAGAAGACCAAAGGGUCUUUAUAUUUCCAUCCAUGAUAAAGGACAUAUCCGAUCUAUCCUGGAGAACUGGCCAGAAAAUGAUGUUAAGGCAGUUGUGGUAACAGAUGGAGAGAGGAUAUUGGGUCUUGGUGAUCUCGGGGUGUAUGGAAUGGGAAUCCCUGUAGGAAAGCUGUGUCUGUAUACGGCAUGUGCGGGCAUCCGACCUCGGGCGUGCCUCCCAGUGGUCAUCGACGUUGGCACAGAUAAUCCGAAAUUACUAAAGGAUCAAUUUUACAUGGGACUCUACCAGAAGAGAGACCGGACUCAGCUUUAUGAUGAUCUGAUCGAUGAGUUCAUGGAUGCUGUUACAGAUAGAUAUGGCCAGAAUACUCUCAUCCAGUUUGAAGACUUUGGGAACCACAAUGCUUUCAGAUUCCUGAGAAAGUACAGAGAAAAGUAUUGCACUUUCAAUGAUGACAUACAAGGUACGGCCUCUGUGGCGCUGGCUGGACUCCUCGGAACGCAGCGGGCGCUGGGAAAACCCAUCACUGAGCAGAGAGUUCUCUUCCUUGGGGCAGGAGAGGCUGCUCUUGGUAUCGCUAACCUUAUCGUCAUGGCAAUGAUGGAGAAUGGUCUUUCAGCAGAGGCUGCACGGGAAAAGAUAUGGAUGUUUGACAAGUUUGGAUUACUACUACAGGGCCGUGAUGAAGGGGUGGAUGGUAACCAAGAGUCUUAUGCCCAUUCUCCUCCAGAUCAGCCGGUGAAAAGCUUUCUGGAUGCAGUUAAUGUGCUGAAGCCGACUGCAAUCAUCGGUGUUGCUGGAGCCGGACGACUCUUCACAGAAAAUGUUGUUAAAGCAAUGGGCGCAAUCAAUGAGAGGCCGGUCAUCUUCGCUCUCAGUAAUCCAACAACACAGGCCGAGUGUACAGCUGAGGAAGCCUAUACCUGGACAGAGGGGCGUUGUCUCUUUGCCAGUGGCAGCCCAUUUGAUACAGUGAUUUUAAAUGAUGGCCGUACAUUUAAGCCAGGGCAGGGCAACAAUGCCUACAUUUUCCCAGGUGUCGCUCUUGCUGUUGUUCUAAGUGGUGUGCGUCACAUAAGCGAUCGGGUAUUUCUUGAAGCUGCUAAGUCUCUGGCAGAACAGUUAACUGCUGAAGAGCUGGAACAAGGGCGCCUGUACCCGCCACUGUCCAACAUCCGAGAGGUCUCCAUAUGUAUCGCACUCAAAGUUAUGGAAUUUGUGUAUCGAAAUGGCAUGGCUUUCCAGUACCCAGAACCACUGGAUAAGAACGCUUAUGUUCGCUCUAAAGUAUGGAGCACGGACUAUGACUCUUUUCUACCUGACAUCUACGACUGGCCUGAGUACGCAUCAACGCCCCAUAAAAUGUUCUAAAUUCUCCCUCACUUCACAUUCUUCUGCCCUACAGGCUUAAGUUUUAUACAAUACCUUUAAACUCACAUUUUAUUUAACUUUUUCAAAAAGUUAUCAAACCUUACAUACCAAAUAUAUUAUAUUUUGGCAAAAGUGCAUAUUUAUUUUGGCACCAUAUUUUUAUUGUAGUGCAAUAAUGUCAGAUGCACCUGUAAGCCAUAUGUUAGUAUGUUGUUUUGUUUUUUUUUACUCAGAAAAAGCGCCACCCCUGAACGGGUUGUCAGAUGUUAGAAAGACAAAAGGACAUUUUGUUUCCUCCUAAAACAUCACAACUCCUGUCCAGUGGCCGUAUCAGAUAUUGCAGCUGAAUGGAGCUAAAACUGCAGUACUAGAUGUGGCGUUGUAAAGCAAACAGGCCCUGUUCUAAUCUCAUGUCACCUUUUUAUUGUACCUGGAUUUCAUGCGUUCAAAGUGUCAUAUUUUGUUUUUCUAACUUGAGGCUCUUUCCAUUCAUGACAUAAAGUAACAUAAUUUAUUUCAUAACCAUACUGAACCCAAGUGCAAUGAUAAAUGGACUUUCCUCCAGUAGUUAAAAAGUACUGGCAUUUCAGAAAACUAUUGAUAUGUUCUAGUGUUCAGACCCUGACUGAUCAUUGACCGCAUGUGAGCGAGAUGGCCCCAUAGGCCUUCAUUAUGUCAUGUGACACAGUCGGGAGUGAACAAAUUUAAUGCUGACAUCUCCAGCCGUGUUCUAGCGAUCGGUCAAGUUUUGAUGUGCCCCUGUUUUCUGUAGUUCACUAGUCAGCUUUGCUGUAUAAUCUGGGACAGAAUUGGCAGAGUCCUCUCAUCAUUAGAGGGUGAGCAAGUUAAUGACGGCUCUAUUAUUCUUCUGGAAGCUUAGGGGAAGGAGAAUAAUGCUAGACGCACGCGAGAGAACAAGAUAGGCAUAACUAAAAAUGGUGCAUAAAGUCUGGCACUGCUUAUAAAGGUGUGAUUUCAGACUUGUUUUAAAGGAGUAUUUAAAAAAUAUAUAUAUUUUUUUAAAAUCAACUGAUGCCAGAAAGUUAAACAGAUUUGUAAAUUACUUAUUUUUAAAUAUUUUAAAUACCGUAUUUAUUGGGGUAUACCACGCACCGGCCUAUAACACGCACCCUCAUUUUACCAAGGAUAUUUGGGUAAAAAAAGUUUUUUACCCAAAUAUCCAUGAUAAAAUGAGGGUGCGUGUGUGCGCGUGUAUACCCCGAUAUACCCCCAGGAAAGGCAGGGGGAGAGAAGCGGGCAGCGACGGCCUCUCUCCCCCUGCCUUUCCUGGGGGGGUAUCGGCGUAUAACACGCACACAGACUUUAGGCUAAAAAUUUUAGCCUAAAAAGUGCGUGUUAUACGCCGAUAAAUACGGUAUCUUAAUCCCUCCAGUACUUUCAGUCUGACCACAGUGCUCUCUGCCAACACCUCUGUCCAUGUCAGGAACUGUCCAGAGCAGGAUAAGUUUGCUAUGGGGAUUUGCUCUUAUUCUUGACAGUUCCUUAAAUGGACAGAGGUCAGACAGAAAGGAAAUUCAAAAAGAAAAGAACUUCCUGUGGAACAUACAACAGCUGAUAAGUACAGGAUUUUUAAAUAGAAGUAAUAUACAAAUCGGUUUUUAAAGGGGUACUCUUCUGCUAGACAUCUUAUCCCUGCGAUCUCCCGCAGCACCUGGCAUUCUUAACAAAUGCCGGGUUCCUGAGGCAUUGGUUGUGACUUAACAGCCUUGCUCCCUCGAGACGUCAUGCCACACCCCCUCCAUUCAUGUGAGAGGGGGGAUGUUGACUGACACGCCCCCUCCCAUAGAAAUGAAUGGAGGGGGCGUGGCAUGGCGUGACAUCACUAUCACAGCCUCUGGCUCCGAGCGUUCUGAACAAAAUGUUCAGAACACCAGAACACUGGAGCACCGGAGUACCCCUUUAAAGUAUACCUCUCAUCAACAAAAAUGUUUUUUUAUAAUGUAGAUAAUACCAUUAUAUGUAUAUUUGUAAGAUACAUAUAAAAAAUGUGUACAUUUUUGUCCCUACAGCUAUUGUCUGUGUUUCUCUAUGAGGAGUCCAAAUACAGAAAGUGAGGGCGGAAAAGCAGGGCUCUGUAUACUGAGGCUCUAUGACAUGCCCCAGGCUCACACAGCAGGAUGAUUGACCAGCCAGGGGCCUGCACAGAGCUCUGCUUAUCCUGUCUACACUUCCUGUAUUUGGACUCCUCAUAGACACACAGGCAGUAGCUGCAGAGCAGCUUUUUUUUUUAACCCUAAAAUAUACACAUUUUUUAAUCGAUUUAUAUUACAAAUAUACAUAUAAUGGUAUUAUCUACAUUAUAAAAAGUUUUUGUUGGGGACAGGUACACUUUAACACUGUCUGGGUCACACUUGUGCAGCAUGUUACAGUAGACUUAGUAGAACUGGACAAAAUAAACCUAUGAAUGUUUCUACUGAUUCACAGCAGCAAGCAGAGAUAUUGAAAUUUGUGAGCAUGUGAUAACCUGUUUAAAAUUAUAACAUGCAGCAGACAUUUUGCGGUGUCUUCCUAGUUAAUCAUGAGCCCUACCAAACAAUAUCAGGACAUCAGUCCGAAAGUCAUGGGUCUCCAUCUGACCAAAGAAUGGAAAUGUACAUAGAUACAAAGUGUUUUAUAGAGAUGUUCCAAUUUAAAAAAAAAUUCAAUUUACGAUAGGAUUACAAUAAGAAUUUUGGAGGGUGUUUGUUUUUAUUUAUUGGUUUUUCAAUUGAAAAUAUAUAUAUAUUUUUUUCUUGAUUAUUCAGCAACCGCUGAAAUUUGUUGCAUAUUGGGCUUGUUUCGGUGUCACAGAGCCAUGUUCUCAGGGAUGAUAUUUGUUCUUGUGGGGAAAAUUCCGUCCGUAAUUCUAUUUUUGUAUCCUUUAAUGCUGAUGGAAACAAAAAUCACUGUGAAGGUGCAAGAUGAAGUAUAGAAAUGUUCACAUUGGUUACAGCUAAAGAUAUAGACACCUGCUUGAUGUUAGUUUGGUGCCUAUUUGUAUGUGAUGAUCUUUGUGUGUUUCAGUGACUAUCAAUAAAUUAUAAUACUAGUU